AUGGCGUCUUCCCUGGGUUUAACCAAUAUCAGUGGCCUCACAUCCUCCCGCGUCGCUUUACCAUUGUCUCGUCGUUGUGUCAGUGGCAGAGCAAGAGUUGGCGGUUUGAAGAUCGUUGCUUCAGAAACAAAGCAACAAGAACCUGAUCUGAGUGUCAAUGUUAAUGGCUUACAUAUGCCCAAUCCAUUCGUAAUCGGGUCGGGCUGUGUGAAGGGGGAGAACUCCUUGACCGGAUUUUAUCCAGAUGGAAGCUUGAGCACAGUGGAGACUUUGGCUUCUACUGCUAUAUGUGGCAUCAUACACUCGAUUCUUGGUGGUCAACCUCUUCUUAUACUUGGAGUUGCAGAACCUACAAUCAUUAUGUAUACAUACUUGUAUAAUUUUGCGAAAGGGAGACAAGAUUUGGGUCAACAACUAUUCUUAGCUUGGGCAGGAUGGGUAUGCACAUGGGAAGCCAUGCUCUUGUUUCUUUUGGUGAUUUUUAAUGCUUGUGCUAUUAUCAGUAGAUUCACAAGGAUUGCAGGGGAAACAUUUGGGAUGUUACUUUCUGUACUUUUCAUUCAAGAGGCCAUCAAGGGAUUGGUGAGUCAGUUCAAAGCUCCCAAAUCUGAUGAACCAAAUUCACCCAAAGAUCAAUUUCAGUGGCUUUACACUAAUGGUUUGCUUGGUGUUAUAUUUUCGUUUGGACUUCUAUACACUGCAUUAAGAAGUAGGAGAGCAAGAUCCUGGUUGUAUGGAACAGGAAGCAGUCAUGAAUUUAGAAAAUGA